GCCGUGAGGCCACACACCAGCUCCCCGGGCCUGGGCAAGCCCCCCGGGCCCUGCUUGCAGACGAAGGCUGCGGUGCUGCAGCAGCUGGACAGGGUGGACGAGACUCCAGGUCCCCCCCACCCCAAGGGGCCGCCUCGCUGCUCUUUCAGUCCCCGGAACUCACGGCACGAGGGCUCCUUUGCCCGGCAGCGGAGCCCGUACACAUACAAGGGCUCCGUGCCCAGUCCCUCGCCUCGGCCCCAGUCACUCGAUGCCACACAGGUGCCGUCACCGCUUCCGCUGGCCCAGCCAUCCACGCCCCCCGUGCGGCGGCUCGAGCUGCUGCCCAGCGCAGAGAGCCCGGUGCGCUGGCUGGAGCAGCCUGAGGGCCACCAGCGGCUCGUGGGGUCGGGCUGCAAGGCAGGGCUGCCACCGGCCGAGCCCCUCCUGCCCCGGGCAGGCUUCUCCCCGGACUCCUCCAAGGCAGACAGCGAUGCUGCCUCCUCUGGUGGCUCGGACAGCAAAAAGAAGAAGAGGUACCGGCCUCGUGACUACACGGUUAACUUGGACGGGCAGGUGGCCGAGGCAGGUGUCAAGCCUGUCCGGUUAAAAGAGCGGAAGCUCACCUUUGACCCCAUGACGAGACAGAUCAAACCUCUGACCCAGAAAGAGCCAGUGCGGGCCGACAGCCCUGUGCACACGGAGCAGCCGAGGACAGAGCUGGACAAGCCCGAGGCCAAGGCCAGCCUCCAGAGCCCUUUUGAACAGACGAACUGGAAGGAGCUGUCGCGCAACGAGAUCAUCCAGUCCUACCUUAGCCGGCAGAGCAGCCUGCUCUCGUCGUCGGGCGCACAGACCCCGGGCGCUCACCACUUCAUGUCCGAGUACCUGAAGCAGGAGGAGAGCACUCGGCGCGGGGCCCGGAAGCCGCACGUGCUGGUGCCUCACGGCCCACCCACGGACCUCCCAGGGCUAAGCCGUGAGGUCACACGGGACGAUCUGGACAGGAUCCAGGCCCAUCAGUGGCCGGGGGUGAACGGGUGUCAGGACACACAGGGUAACUGGUAUGACUGGACGCAGUGCAUAUCGCUCGACCCGCACGGCGACGACGGGCGGUUGAACAUUCUGCCUUAUGUCUGCUUGGACUGACUGGCCUGUCGGGCUCUAAGUGCAUUCCCACCUUGCAGUCAGCCAUAGAGGGCGGGCGCCAGGGCCCAGCCGCCUCCAGUGGUUGGGAAUCCGGAGUGGGGGGGUGGGGGCGGUCCGGCCUGGGGUGGGAGGGAGAGGGAGCGAGAGUCUCUAGGUCUCUCUGUGCUCUUCCCUCAAAAUUCUCCUUCUUUUGUGAAAUGCUGCUACCAGUUUACUAACAAAAUUGCAAAGGAAGGACCACAUGGAAGGAAGGCCAGCAAAGUGAGUUCAGAACUCUAUAGCAAACCAGCUAUAAAAAGCGUUAGCCCCCCACCCCGAAAGAGGUGCAGACGCUUCCCAGCCUCCGGUGAGCUGGGACCUCAGUUGCACGCAGGCACAGAAAACCUGUGGAAGAGGUUACCUUUAACACAGCAACAGAAGCACGCAUCUCAUCUCUGCAUUUUCUGUUUUUUAACAUGGCCCUGAGUGUUUGAAGCAGUGGGCAACGCUGUGGCCUCUGUUUGCACCCCACCUGGCCAGCUUUUCCAUCAUGGUGCCAGAAGCUUCUCAGCUGUAGCGAGCUGCUGGAAUCAGGCAGGCCAGCUUGCCAGCCAGUUUGACCAAUGCUCCCUGGGCGUCCACACAUUUGUAUCUGGUUUCAGUUACAACCCAGUUUUUAAAGAAAUGCUGCAAAAAUUUAAGUUUUCUAGAGUUUAUUUUACCCCCUUCUUCCAUCUGACCAUCAGACGAAUAACGUUCCUUGUUCCUCCCUCUUCAUUUUCCCCUUCCUGCACAUAUCUAGAAAAGUUCAACUUUCUAGAGUCCCCUCCCCA